GUAGUGCCCUUUACCAACAUGGCGGCGAAAGCUCCGCCCAGGCUUUUGCUCGCCGUGACGUCUUUUCCGCCUCCGGAGUGGGCUUUGGUGAGCUGAUUGGGGUUUGCAGCUUUGAAGCUGGGCUAGACCCCCUGAGCCACUGAUCUGUCCAAUUGGAGACUCCAGGAUGUCGGGCCCAGGCAGUAAACGUUCAGCGGGGGACACCUCAUCGGGUCCCCCAGAAAAGAAGGCUGCAGUAGAGGAUUCUGGGACCACAGUAGAGACCAUAAAGCUUGGCGGUGUCUCCUCCACGGAGGAGCAGGACCUACGUACCCUGCAGGUGAAGAACAAGAAGUUGGCUGGCAUGCUGGACCAGAGACAGGCCAUAGAGGAUGAACUUCGAGACCGCAUUGAGACCCUGGAGAAACGGCAGGCCACAGACGAUGCAUCUCUUCUUAUAAUCAAUCGUUACUGGAGCCAGUUUGAUGAGAAUAUUCGUAUCCUCUUGGGACGAUACGACUUGGACCAGGACCUGGGGGAAUUUCUCACAGAACGCAAAGCUUUAAGUAUUCCAGAACCAGAACCAGACUCCGACAGUAACUCCGAACGCAAAGACAUCGAGAGAGCUGAAGGGAUUUCAGACCAGCCCCUCUCUUUCCUGGCUACUCUGGCCAGCAGCAGCAGUGAAGAGAUCGAGUCUCAGCUGCAGGAACGCGUAGAGUCAUCACGCCGUGCUGUUGCCCGCAUAGUGUCAGUGUAUGACCGACUGCACACACGGCUAGACCAGCUCUCCUCCAAACUGGAAAGUACAGAGCCAUCUCAGAUAGAAGAAGCUGUCAAGGAGAUAGACUCUCUGUUGUCCAACGAAAAUGUGCGUUUGCAGGAAGUGUGCAGCCGUUUACAGGAGAAGCAACAAAAUAUGACUCAAGAGUUCACUCAGCUGCAGUCCCGGUUGGAGAAUGCAGAAUCUCGUGUCUCACACCUGGAUGGCCUCAUUGAAGAUCUACAGUGGGACAUCGACAAGGUCCGCAAAAGAGAGCAGCGCUUGAACAGACACUUGUCUGAGGUCCUUGAGAGGGUGAAUUCGAAAGGCUACAAGGUGUAUGGUGCUGGCAGCAGCUUGUAUGGCGGAACAAUUACCAUCAACUCAAAGAAGUUUGAAGAAAUGACCAAUGAAGUUGACAUGAAUAAAGAGCUGGCUGUGAACCGCCUUCAAGAACUGGAUAAGAUCAAGCAAGACUUGCAUGAAGUGACUUCAGAGAACAAGGACUUGCAGGAGCAGCUGUCAAGAUCAGUAGAGGACAAUGUGCGGGUGUCUCCAGAAUACCGCUGCAUGCAGUCACAAUUCUCUGUCCUGUACAAUGAGUCACUGCAGUUAAAAGCACAGUUGGAUGAGGCUCGUUCUCUACUGCAUGGGACACGUGGAAAUCACCAACGUCAGCUAGAGCUCAUUGAACGGGAUGAAGUGGCUCUUCAAAAAAAGGUGCGCACUGAGGUGAUACAGCUGGAGGACACACUUGCACAAGUGCGAAAGGAGUACGAGAUGCUAAGGAUUGAGUUUGAGCAGACGCUGGCUGCCAAUGAACAAGCAGGCCCUAUUAAUCGUGAAAUGAGACAUCUGAUCAGCAGCCUGCAGAACCACAAUCACCAGCUAAAGGGGGAGGUUCAGAGGUACAAGAGGCGAUUGCGCGAGAUCCAAAACGAAAUCAAUAAGGUGCGAUCUCGCACUAGUAGUAUCUUCCUGCUGCCCUCACAGUCCAGUGUGGAGGAGACCCGAGAGGAAACCAUGGAGAUAAAGACGGAGCCAGAGGAAGCUGCACCUCCAACACCAGCCCCACCACAACCAGAGGUCAUCCCAAAAAAAGAGAAAGAGGAAGAGGAGGUACAGCCGCCGCCACCGCAGCAGAGAGAGAGGAGGGAGAGGGAGAAGGAGCGUGACAGGGAUCGUGGGCGGGAGAAGGACCGAGGCGAUAGCUCCAAGGAGAAAUCAAAACACGAGCCAGACACAAAGCGCAAGGAGGCAGAGAAUGUCAAGCAGAUGAAGACCGACCUCAAGAGAGUGCAAGAGUCUUUAAGAGACAUGAAGCUCCUCCUGGACAUGUAUCGUUCUGCUCCCAAGGAACAGAGAGACAAGGUUCAGCUAAUGGCAGCUGAGAGAAAAAGCAAAGCAGAGCUGGAAGAACUACGACAAAGGCUUCGAGAGUGGGAGGAGAGGGAACGGAGGGACAGCAAGAAAAUGGCAGAUGAGGACGCCCUACGGAGGAUGAGAGCAGCAGAAGAACAGACCGAAGCCCUGCAGAAAAGACUGUCUGUAGCUAAACAGGAGGAAGAGGCUCUGCUGUCGGAGAUGGACGUCACUGGGCAGGCAUUUGAAGACAUGCAGGAGCAGAAUAUCCGCCUGAUGCAGCAGCUGCGGGAGAAGGAUGAUGCCAAUUUCAAACUUAUGUCUGAGAGAAUCAAAUCCAACCAGAUCCACAAACUUCUCAAAGAAGAGAAGGAGGAACUUGCGGACCAGCUGCUCACACUGCGCACACAGGUGGAUGCCCAGCUGCAGGUCUUGCGCAAGCUGGAAGAGAAGGAGCACCUACUACAGAGCAGCAUCACCACGGGAGAGAAGGAGCUGACGCUGCGCACUCAGGCACUGGACCUCAGCAAGCGCAAGGCGAUGGAGGCCUCCCAGCAGGCAGAAGAACUUAGGGGUCAAUUGGACAUGUCACAGAAGAAGCUACAGGACCUGCGGAAGGAGAUUGUAGAGAACAGCGCUGGUCGGGAAAAGGAUUCCUUCAACUAUAAGAGAGCACAGGAGGACAUUUCCCGCCUACGUAAAAAGCUGGAAUCCACCAAAAAACCUGAUAUGGUGCCCACCUGCGAUAAAAUCUUAAUGGAGGAGAUCAAAGAGUUCAAGUCUCGACUCACCUGCCCGUGCUGCAACUCUCGCAAGAUGGAUGCCGUCUUGACCAAGUGUUUCCACGUCUUCUGCUUCGAGUGCGUCAAGACCCGCUACGACACCCGGCAGCGCAAAUGCCCCAAAUGCAAUGCAGCCUUUGGUGCCAACGACUUCCACCGCAUUUACAUUGGAUGAGCGGGGAACUUCUGUAAACUUUGCCAAGCCUCUCAUCGAUGCUGCUUACCAUGCAUUCUCUAUAGACAUGAGACGAAGUUGUGACCCUUCCAUGUCCACUGCCGAUUCCCACAAAAAAGGACCUUUUAGGUCAUUUUACAGCCUGAAGAAUUCUUAUUUUUACUGUGCGAAAAUGAGCUGUAUUUAUAAGAUCCUUGGAAAACAUCUUUUGUGGGUCACUGUAUGGAGAAUAAUCUUGUGGUUGUAUGUAUAUAUUUAUUGUACUGGUAGAAUGUGAUGUAUCAUCUUGAGAUGGUCACACUAAUGAAAUACAUUCCCAUGUGAUAUUUCUUUUUAA